AUUCAAACUAUUAACAACAAAAGAGAGGUAUGUUUGAGUGUUGUUUUUCUCUUUUUUUCCUUGUUGUGUCUAUUUCAGUUGGUUAGGCCUGAAAGUCACAAGAAGUUGAAGUGUUAAGCACUCUACAUUAGCUUGCUCUGUGACUAGUAUAGUGUAGUAUAGUAGCAUAGGUCUCUGUGAGUUCCAGACAGAACAGUAUAGACUAUAUAGAGUUUCUUUCGUUGUCAGGGAAGAGAGAGACAGCAAAUGGGCAUAGUCCUACACCCGUGUGAAUUUGGAGCAUUCGCACGUGUGGACUAGAGUUCUGGGGUCUUGUUAAACCCCCUUGGCAGAGAGAGUUUUGAGCGCUGGUUGAAGUGUGUUAUUUCAAAUGGCCAUGCACCACUGCAGUGACCACUACUUGUAUGCUGAGAAGAUGAGCUCUUGGGGUUUUCCUUUCAUGGAGAAGAGCAGCUGCAGUAGUGACAAGGUGAACCAAGAUGGAGAAACCACUAAUGACUGUGGGCAGUCCAAGCUCUGUGCCAGAGGCCAUUGGAGACCUGCAGAAGACUCCAAGCUCAGAGAGCUUGUAGCUCAGUAUGGUCCUCAAAACUGGAACCUCAUUGCUGAGAAACUUGAAGGUAGAUCAGGGAAGAGUUGCAGGCUGAGAUGGUUCAACCAGUUGGAUCCCAGGAUAAACAGGAAGGCUUUUAGUGAGGAAGAGGAGGAGAAGUUGAUGGCUGCUCAUAGACUGUAUGGAAAUAAAUGGGCUAUGAUUGCAAGGCUUUUCCCUGGGAGGACUGACAAUGCAGUGAAGAAUCACUGGCAUGUUAUCAUGGCCAGGAAGUAUAGAGAGCAGUCCAGUGCUUACAGGAGGAGAAAACUCAGCCAAGAAGUUGGUAGGAGGAUGAUGGUUUCUGUUUCCCAGAAUCUCAUCACAACUUCUGCAGAUGAUACUGAGCAAACUCCAUUUGAUUUUCUUUCUGUUGGAGGUGGCAAGGUUGGUGGUGGUGGUGGUGGUGGUGGUCAAGAGAAGAAGAGCUUCAUGAGUUUAUGUCCACAUUCUCCAUUCAUGUUUGACCAGUACUUUCACUCAGAGUCCUCCUCCAUUGAACAAGGAGAAGCAGCAAGAGAUGAAGGGAAUAACAGGGAAGGAACAAACCAUUUUGAAUCAUCAAUCUCUCCACCUUUCAUAGAUUUCCUUGGAGUUGGAGCAACUUGAUCAAACAUGAGAUGAGUCUUUUCAAGUUUCAUAGAGAGAUCUAAAAAUAAAGAAAUGUUUUGUUUGUUGUACCUCGUUUCUCCAAAACUCACCAAAAUCUUCUUCAAAAAGAACAGAAGCAAUACCCCAGUACUUUCCUUUGUUA